AUGUUGCCAAAUGCAGUGCCAUCGCCAGACUGGAGCCAUGGACCAAAGAAUCCUGCAGACUCGGAUCCCUUCGCGGAGAUCCACAAGCGCUUGGACCAAAUUUCCGAGAAGAUGGACCGUUGCCUGGCAGAGGUCGCCGCAGCCGCGGCCCCGGCCGCGCCGCGAGGAGCCGCUCCGGCUCCGAAGCGCUCCAAUCUGCUCGCCACGGUCCCUGAGCCCUCUCAGAUGCCAGUCCUUCCGGAGUCCAGCGAGCCGCAGCGGCUGGGUUCGCUCGCCGCCAGAGACUCCAGGGUUAGUUCCUUUUCCUUAAGGCCGUCGGCUGCUUUCGCUUCUCGACCCUCCAGAAUGUCGGUGAACUCCAGCUUCCAUUGUGCGGCUUCCAGAGUGUCUCUGGCCAUAAACGAAAGAAAGUCUGCUGCCAGCCUCACAAAAAGUGCGGCCGGUCUGCCACGGGAGUCGUUGGCCGUGCAUUUGAUACCCUUCAACGAGUACGGGCAGCCGGAGGCGGUCACGCGCCAAGAGCUGGCUAACAGGCUCAACCAGCGACGUCGGCGGGGCGUGGAGUCUGCAGAACGGCAAAGGAGAGCGCAAGCUCCCUGGGCGACCCCGGCGACAACGUCAGACAAGUCGGUCAAAGUUGCGCAGUGGCUCACGCGCCGUUCUCGAUGCGACCGGCUUUGGGAGAUCCUGGAUGAUCCACAUUCCAGCUGGCUUGCCUGGAUGCUAUCAAUGAGCUUGCGACUGACAGUUGUUCUUAGCCUCGUGGUGACACUUCUUCAAACAAGCCAGGAGGAGUCUUUUCUGGAUGUGGAAGUCGCAGCUGUGCUAGAGACAGCCAUCGACUCCAUCUUCCUUGUUGAGUUCUUGUGCCGCUUGCUGUCUGCACCGUCCAAAGCCACAUACUUUGCGGAUUUGUACAACUGGGCAGACAUGCUGGCAUCGCUGGGGCUGAUUUUUCGGGCUAGCACGGGCUUCAUGACAGCGUCCGGAGCAGAUGCGGUGCAGGGAUUCCUCCUGUAUGUGCUCCCAGUCGUGCGCCUGCUGAAGUUGCUGCGGUAUUUCGAGUCGUUGCGGCUGCUUGUGGAUGCCGCAGCGAAUUCUGUGGAGGCAUUGCCGGUCCUCUUUUAUACCCUGGUUCUGAUUACGCUGUCCUCUGCCACUAUCAUCUACCUCGUGGAGGUCCGGUCGAACAUCCCCAGCCUGGCACACGCAAUCUGGCUUGCGAUCGUCACCAUGACCACUGUCGGAUACGGCGACUAUGCCCCGAAGAGUGUGUCCGGCUACCUCUUCGUCUCCGUUCUGACGACCGUCAGCGUGCUCUUUUUCGCCUUGCCGGUUGGAAUUAUAGGGCACGAGUUCACCGCAGCCUGGCACAUGCGGCGGCAAGUUCUCCUGUUCGCCAGGGUGCGCAAGUGCUUCCUGAAGUGGGGCUACCAUGGCGAGGAUGUGGAGGCACUUUUCCAAUACGCAGAUGCGGAUGCUGACGGCAUGCUGAACCUGCUGGAGUUUUGUGAGCUGCUUCACGAAAUGAGAUUGGGACUGGAUACCGACAGCUUGAUCGAGCUGUUCAUGCUCUUCGAUCCGGGAAAUGAGGGAUUUAUUGAGUUCAGCUCCUUGCUCAGGCGGCUCUUUCCGGACUAUGCUGAGCUCGACGAGGAAGUGGAUGAAGAAGAUGAUCAAGACAAGUCGGAGUAA